CAAUUCUUGUGGCUAUAUUGAGAAUUAAAGACACUCUCUAUCUCUUUUCAAAUUUUUUUUACUCUGUUGCAGCAGUGCACCGUCUUUCCAUUUCUAUCCCUUUUUAUUCUUGUAAUGCUUGAUUUUUGAAAUAUAUAUUCAGUUAUUUAACUUGACGGUUAUUCAUUCCCCAUAUUAACCUUCUGUCUUUUUUUUUCAAGUCUUUGCUUUUCUUUCUGUUGCAGAACAUCCUCAAUUUUUUUCUCUUUUUUUUUCUUCUUCUAAUUUCAAGUGAUACACUCAUGAAAAAUCCAAAAAUUGUUAUUAAUGAUCUUUCCGUUAAUAAAAUUAGGGUUCUUGUAGAUAUAUUAUAUCUCUUUCUCACGAAUUUAAGGUUGAAAUUAAAAAAAUCAAAGCAUAUUUUAGUAAUAGGGUUGGAGCAGCCAUCGACUCGUUCUCGCCGUGGAGGGCCAGAGGUGCCACCGACUCGCUGUCAACGAGUCCGAUUGAACACUCACCGUGGAGGGCCGAAGGCACUCAGCCGCUUGGGAUUUUUCAGCCUUCAUCCGCUCAAGCCGAUGCUGGAGCCGCAGUCCGCGACUGAGAAUCACGUGGUAUUUAUGCUUGAAAAGAAUAAGAAGAAAUAUUUGGAGGAGGAGAAAAGAAGAAACAGGGAAGAAGAAGAUAGAAAUGACGUGGGAGAGAAAAGAGAAAUUGAGAGAAUGAAAAAAAGAGACGAGAAAGAGAGAGAAAAAAGGAAGAGAGAGAAACAAAUAGAUAAGGAUGUUCAGUUAACUGCACAUGAGCAUGACCUCAACGAUUGGCAAAUGACGUGGCCGGUCGUUUUGUCCACG